UCAGCCUAUGAGCGGUGCUGUGGUGAAACUAGUUGAGAGACGGAGCCUGUAGCAGUCUGUAUGAUAAAAGAAUAGAGUUUACAAUUUCGAAUAGGCCGAAGUUUAUGUAGGCUACAACAGAAAAUACUGAGCAGCAGAUUUAAAGGAUUAGGCUACACUUCAAGAGGGGAACCUUUUACCUAAGUCAACAAUCAUUCCAAUGGCCCGUGUAGCCACAGCCACUGUUUUAUUAUUGCCGUUCAUACUAACAUUUUUAUGUGUGGUGGCAGCAGAAGGCGGUGGGCUGAAGCUGAGAAGACAGAAGAGAGAAUGGAUCAUUCCUCCUAAGAGGUUGAAGGAGAAUGUAGAUUACACCAGCCAAGAGUACAUCGCAAAGAUUCGCUCUGAUGAGCAGUACACUUCAAAGGUGACCUACUCACUGACUGGGAUCGGUGCAGACCAAAACCCCAGGAGCCUAUUCACUGUCAACCCAAAUACAGGUCUGGUCAGAAUCAAUGGCAUUCUGGACAGAGAGAAGAUACCUUCCUACCACUUACUUGGAGUAGCGACAUACAACAAUGGAAGCAAAGCAGAGAAGGACAUUGACCUGCGUAUUUCCGUUGAGGACCAGAAUGACUGCCAACCAGUGUUCGUUUUUGGCCAAUCUGGAUCCGUUAAUGAGUCCAGUGCUGCAGAAACCGUUGUCAUGAAAGUUUUAGCCACAGAUGCGGAUGAAGUGAACACGCCACACUCUCAGAUUUACUAUAGCAUAGUGCAGAAAAGUUCUUCAGAUAGCAUGUUCGCCAUCAACUACCAGACUGGGGAGAUCAUGGUUCGCCAGACUACGCUGGACAGAGAGACCCAAGACACCUACAUCCUGACUGUAAAAGGUUCAGACAUGAACGGAGCAAUGGGUGGAAACUCAGGAACAGGACAGGUAGUGAUUAAAAUCCUGGACAUCAACGACAACAUCCCCACACUGGAGAAAGAAUCUUACGAGGGGAGUGUGUUGGAGAACACGGUCAAUGUGGAGGUGCUGAGGAUCAAAGCCACUGAUCUGGACCUGAUGUACACUGAGAACUGGCUGGCUGUGUUCACCAUCAUCUCAGGCAACGAAGCUGGCUACUUCACUAUCACUACCGACUCCAUGACCAACGAAGGCAUUAUUAUGAUAACCAAGGCACUGGACUACGAGGAGCUGAAAGUGCUCAACCUUGCCAUAAGUGUUUCCAACAAAGCAGUGUACAACUUUGGCGCCUCCUCUACGAGUGGAGGGAUAGGAGGUGGAGGGGUUGCAGGCGGGGGCAUGACGGGCGGUGGUAAGACCUACCCCAUCAAGAUCAACGUGAUCAACCAGAAAGAGGGCCCCAAAUUCCAGCCAAUGGUUAAAGUGGUGACCAUCUCUGAGGACUCCACCACAGUCACCAUUAACAAGGUCAUCACCACCUACGCAGCCAUCGACAGUGACACACUACUGACUGCUACCAAUGUUAGGUAUGCCAAAAAAUCCGAUGUAGACAACUGGCUAAUCAUCGAUGGAAAGACAGCAGAGAUCAAGCUGAACAAAGUCCCUGAUCGGGAGUCCAAAUACUUGGUCAAUGGAACAUACUACGCCAAGAUAAUAGCCAUCACAACCGAUCUGCCAUCCAAAACGGCCACAGGGACAAUAGCUAUCCAGGUGGAGGACUUUAACGACCACUGUCCCAUACUGACAGCUACGGCUACGACCAUGUGUCUGGGGGACACCGCUGUGUAUGUCACGGCUGUGGAUGGGGACACCUUCCCCAACGGAGCUCCCUUCAAGUUCAGAGUGAUUCAGGGGGACAGCAAACAGAAGUGGACACUGGAGCACCUCAAUGCUACCACUGCCAUUUUACGAGACCAUGCCCACAUGUGGCCAGGUCACUACAAGGUUGUUGUGGAGAUCAGUGACCAGCAGGGGAAGGCCUGUGCUGACAUCCAGAUUCUGAACGUGGUUGUGUGCACCUGUGAUCAGGUCAAUAAGGUCUGCUUCGCCCGGGAGACGGGCAAGGACGUCACAUUAGGAGCAUCUGCCAUCCUGCUGCUCCUUCUGAGCCUCCUGCUGUUGUUGCUGGUGCCCCUCCUGCUGCUGUUCUGUCUGUGUGGAGGAGUGGCAUCCAUAGGUGACUUUAAGGCCAUGCCGUUUGACACUAAAGAACACCUGAUUCCAUAUCACACCGAGGGACAAGGAGAAGACAAGGAAGUUCCACUCCUGCAAAUUCCUGUGGCGAUAGAUGGCUCCAUCAAAGUUGUUGACUUGGCAAACAACGGGGGGGGGGUGGGAUUAAUAAGAGAUGCAGGCGCUGCAGGAGGAUCAGCAGGAGGAGUGUUCGGGGACAGCUUCACCCCGUCCGCAAUAAACACAUGGGAGCACAACCAUUCCCAUGGCUCCCACCAGCCCAGCGGCAGAGUGAAGGUGAGCUACGGCGUGGGUGGAGGAACCAUGACUGGACAUGAACACUUCUCCAGAUAUGGAGCUGGAGCUUAUGACGGGGUCGCUCUCUCCGAGGGAGUCCUAGAGGAGUAUUACUCUGCAAAGGCCAAUCAUGCUGCGCGGAACGACCAACAGAGAGAUGACCUACUGAUCUACGACUACGAAGGUGAGGGGUCACCGGUAGGCUCUGUUGGCUGCUGCAGCCUCCUAGGGGGCGAUGACGACCUGGACUUCCUCAACGACCUGGGGCCCAAGUUCAAGACCUUGGCUAAGAUCUGCCAGGGGUCGAUAGCUAUGGAGGUGGAGACUGUCAACAUGUCUGUGUCAUCCCCUAGACCUAAGCCUACCACAUCCACCCACACAGAGGUCAAUAGAGACACAGCUCUCAAUGUCAACACCCUGAACACCUCAUCCACCACCUCCACCUCCUCCACACGCCUGCAGGAGAACCUGGUUCCUCGGGCCCAAGGAUCAGCCACCAUCCGCAAGGUUCAGGAGAACAAGGUGAUGCCCAACAAGACCCUCUUCAUCCAGCAGCCCCCUAUUUACUACGCCGCUGCCCCCACCAUGUGCAUGGUGGAGCCCCAGUUGGUGCUGGUGGAGCAGAGAGGGGGAGGUGGUUAUGUCCAUGCCCAGCAGGCGGUAAGCCAGGUGGGGGUAGGGAUGGGUCAGGGGGUGGUGCAGGUAGGAGGGCUCCAUGGUUCUCAGGGCAUGAUUUUACUGGAGAGGCAGGUAGGAGUAGUUGGCAGUGAGGAAGGACAAGGUCAUGUUGUUAUGGGCGCAAGCCAGGUCUUACAGGGAGCGGGCCACACUAUUAUUGGGGGAAGUCACAUUAUUACAGAGACGAGCCAAACCAUUACACGGGGAGGCCAGGUUCUACAGGGGGCAGACCAGACCAUGAUCGGAAAAGGCCAUCUAUCGCCAGGAGGAAACUUCUCACAGGGAAGCCUGUCCGGGUCCAGGAAAGUGCUGGUUGUUGAGAGCGGGUCUGGGUCAGCCUCGGCAGCAGGGAGCAGCGCAGGGUUAGGGGCUGCCCAGGUCACCAUGCUGCAGAGAGGCCAGGGGUUAGAGGUCAAAUGUCAUAGUGUAGAAGUGAGAGGUCAGAGUGGUGCUUCCUCGUUGAGCUCCAGCUCCCUGUGUGGCACGGCAGGGUCAAACGAGGCCUCUGCUACUGCUGUCAAAGUCACCACCACUCCCACAGCUGCACCCUGUAGCAGCAGCCACACCGCUGUGGUGCAAGAGAAGAAAAUAUCUGUCACUGAGAAAUACGUUGAGACCAGUACUAUAGCAUAGAAAAACAACUUCACAUCAGCUUGAUAACAUACUGUACACUGUGGGUUUAAAGGUGAUUUAUUUUUUUGUCAAUAAAGCAACAAUCUAGGGAGAGAGAGAUAGAGGUACUGGUGCUCUCUGCUGGUCUGACUGGUGCUCUCUGCUGGUCUGAAAUACAGGAAUUCUACCCAAUGUUUGCUAACAACUCUUUUAUAACACUUUUAGUUUUUAUUAUCACGAUUACCAGAUGGUAUAUAAUCAUAAAUAUGAUUCAUUGAUACAUUGUGAAUUAAUGAUUUGAGUUGAAGAUAAUUGAUUACAGAAGAAGAAAUUGAAUAAAAAUAAUGAAAUCAUGGAAUCGAAUCAGUAUUUGAAAGGAGUGAAAUAUUUUUCUAAACAUUCAAAUGUUGUGGUGGGUGAUGUAUUAAUUGUUCAGGUGAGAAAAUGUGUUUAUCUUUGAUAAAGCUUUUUUUUACUGGGAUUGUCAAUUCUUGAUCUAAUUCAUAGUUCAGUAGGUCAAGGUUUCCAAGCGGGACAUACAAAAUUAUGGUACCAGAGAAGUGUGGGACCGUCAAAAAUCCCCUAUUUUUCUCUUAUAGUUUACAUUUUAAGCCAAAGAGUGUCUUGUUUUUCUGUUGGGUUUCAUAUGCAUUAAUUUAUCCCAUGAUAUUCAAGUUAUUGAUGUAAAGGUAAUAUUAUUUGGGGAAAAUGUACAUUAAAUUAUGCCUAUAUUUCUGUUCAUCUCAACAUCCGAGCUAAAAAUAGAGAUUAUGUAAGAUUUUUACCGUGGGCUUGGCUUAUUAUGCACUGAUAUGCAUUAAAGCAGGGGUGUAAAAUGUGUUUUGCCCCUGGGGCCACAUUCAGUAUUCAACGAGGUUCGGGGGGCUGCAUUGAAAAUGUGUUAUAUUUCUCGCCGUGAAAAUGUGCAGUUCUCUAUCCAUAGUUUGGGGAAUUUUCAAUGCUCCCUGACUGUCUUUCAUUUCAGUGAUUAUUAGCGAGCUGGACACAGUCAAGUUUCUGUAUGAAUGCAGGUCCAUUAUCAAUUCUACACAGUUUCAAUUUGGUUUUAGUCAUUUUAAAGUAUAUUGAUAACAUACUGUGUUAUCAAUAGUUCGUAUCCCCCCACAAAUUAUUAUUAGU